AUGACGUGGCACUGGUUGACGCGUGCAACGUUUGAGCAGCGGAACGCGACCGAUUUACCAAGAGGGCACACUGGCAUGCACUGGCACAGCUGGUUGUGUCACCCAGUAUCAGCUGACAGGAGAACGGUGAUUGUGGGCUUUCCAGUCCAUCGUGAUCGCAAACGGGGUGAAUUGCCUGACCUGUGGAGCAAAUGUUUAACCCCGCGUCCGGAGUUCCUUACUAAAUAAAUACAGAGUGAAAGGGAAUGAAUGAGAAAAGGCAACUACAGAGAGAGAAUAAUUUGUGCUUCUGCGUUUGAGUUUAGUGAAGUUGUGACAGUUUACAAACGCUAAAUGGAUUUCCACUUCCAUUGCACUCUCUAACAACGUAUGCGAUAGAGAGAGAGAGAGAGAGAGAGAGGGGGGGUGCGCGCCAAAGGUACCUCCAGCGUCUGUCAGAAGAGUCGCAGCGUCCUCCUCGAGCAGAAGUUUGAUCUCUGCGCGCAGAAGAAGGAUUCUAAUUCCACAAGUACGAUGCGUCAUCGGAAGUGUUUUGGAUAUGUAUGUACCGCUGUUUACCUGUGGACGGCGUUCUGCUUUAAAGGUUGUGUUGGUGGUCAGUACCAGCGGAAGCUGUACAAGGAUCUGUUGACUAACUAUAACCGUCUGGAGAGACCAGUGUUCAACGACUCAGCUCCUAUACUGGUGGAACUGGGCUUCACACUGUUACAGAUCAUAGACGUGGAUGAGAAGAACCAGGUUCUGAUGACCAACGCCUGGCUGCAGCUGCACUGGACAGAUACUUACCUCUCCUGGAACCCAGAGAACUACCCAGGUGUUCAGAACCUUCGUUUCCCCUCCAAUCAGAUCUGGGUUCCUGAUAUCCUCCUCUACAACAGUGCAGACGAGAGGUUUGAUGCUACCUUCCACACCAACGUCCUGGUCAACUCCUCUGGAUCCUGCCAGUACAUUCCACCAGGUAUCCUGAAGAGUACCUGCUAUAUCGAUGUUCGCUGGUUCCCCUUCGACGUCCAGAAGUGUGAUCUGAAGUUUGGCUCGUGGACAUACAACGGCUGGCUGCUGGAUCUCCAGAUACUGGACGUAGACAUCUCCUCAUACAUCCCCAACGGAGAGUGGGAUCUCGUGGGUGUCCCAGUGAAGCGUAACGAACUGUAUUAUGACUGCUGUAAGGAGCCCUACCCUGACGUCACCUUUACUGUCACCAUGAGGAGGAGGACACUGUACUACGGCCUCAACCUCCUCAUCCCCUGUGUCCUCAUCUCUGGCCUGGCCCUGCUGGUCUUCCUGCUGCCUGCAGACUCUGGAGAGAAGAUCUCCCUGGGUAUCACUGUCUUGCUGUCUCUGACUGUCUUCAUGUUGCUGGUAGCAGAAAUCAUGCCGGCUACGUCAGACUCUGUUCCUCUCAUCGGCCAGUAUUUUUCAUUCGCCAUGAUGAUCGUGGGUCUCUCUCUCGUCGUCACGGUUCUCGUUCUACAGUUCCACCAUCACGACCCUCACGGGGUAAAGAUGCCUAAAUGGAUGCGAGUCAUCCUCCUCAACUGGUGCGCCUGGUUCCUCCGCAUGAAGAAGCCUGGCGAGGAACGCAAGACAACCACCCCCUCCACCGUCACCACCAACACCAAUACUACCCCCAGCUCCACCACAGGAGGCUACAAGUACUCCCACCCUCCUCACCACGCCAGCACCAGCUCCAUCCAGAUGGGCUCCAUCCCUGGGGGACAGCCCUCCAAUACCUCAACCACCAACGGCAACAUGAACCUGUACUUCGGCUACCACUCCAUGGGUAUGGGAGGGAUGGGAUCCUUGGGGGGUCUCACGAUAACCCCUGCUGCCCGCCUAGCAGCGCUACUCUCCGACCGGGACGUGGGGAUCCUCCGGAGGUUGACGGUGGACCAGAUCCCGGAGAUCGGGCGGAUCCUGGAGGAAGUUCAUUUUAUCGCCCAGAGGUUCAGGGAGCAGGACGAGGGAGAGGCGGUCUGCAGCGAGUGGAAGUUUGCGGCGGCGGUCGUGGAUCGUCUUUGUCUCGUGGCGUUCACGAUCUUCUCCAUCAUCGGCACGUUUACCAUCCUCAUGUCGGCGCCCAACUUCCUAGAGGCUGUGACCAAGGAUUACCUCACAUAAUGUGGAUUUUAUCUCGGCUGGCUAAUUGGGCAAACGCUAACGAACACUGUAGCUAAUUGGCUAACGCUAACUAGCGCUUUAGCUAUAAUGCUAAACAAUACAAACUGUAGCUAACCGCCUCUACUCUGUGAAGCCACUGAAAACCACCUCCCAGUUUUGAGAUAAAAUAAUCUCUAGAGUUAUGACUUGUUAUGACACCAGUACUUGGAACACCAAAUGUCUAUAUUUUGAUAAUGGUUGUGUAUUAUUAUGGUGAUAUACAGUAUAUCUUCCAUGUGGGUGUGGUUACUGUCAAAAUGGCUACCGUAGCUGUAGUUGUGCUUACCACUCAUUCAGUAACAGUACUGUCAACAUGGCUUCCGUAGCUGUAGUCAAUGCUUACCUCUCGUUCAGUAACAGUACUGUCAACAUGGCUUCCGUAGCUGUAGUCGUGCUUACCACUCGUUCAGUAAUGUUACUGUCAACAUGGCUUCCGUAGCUGUCGUCUAUGCUUACCACUCGUUCAGUAACGUUACUGUCAAAAUGGCUUCCGUAGCUGUAGUCGUGCUUACCACUCGUUCAGUAACAGUACUGUCAAAAUGGCUUCCAUAGCUGUAGUCGUGCUUACCACUCGUUCAGUAACAGUACUGUCAAAAUGGCUUCCGUAGCUGUCGUCUAUGCUUACCACUCGUUCAGUAACAGUACUGUCAAAAUGGCUUCCGUAGCUGUAGUCAAUGCUUACCACUCGUUCAGUAACAGUACCUCAGUAUAUAGUAUGUGAGGCUAUAGUUCUAGAACAGUGUGUGAAUUCACUGACACACUUUUUAUCCCUUUCCCUAUCACCAUUUAAUUUCAACCGUUUCUUCUAGCCACUUUUGUAUAGAUAACCUCAUUGACGUUCCUCUUCCCCUUCUUCUUUCUCUCCAUUUUUAUUGUUUUCCUUUCUUUCCCCAUAUUUUCACCCUUUACCACCUCACCUGGUUUCACUUCUGCCCCUCUUUCACUGUUCAUCUUUCCAUUAAUCUGUCCCCCACCCCUCCUUUCUCCCUCUGUUCCCCAGACCAUCAGCCAGAUCUUUCUCUACUUUCCCCUUUCACUUGACACUUUUCUCCCUCUGUCCCCCAUCCCUCCUGUCCCUCUGUCCCCCACCACUCCUCUCCCUCUGUCCCCCAUCCCUCCUGUCCCUCUG